AUGUUUUUACCGAAAAACUACCAGGCCAGCAUGACGGAUAUUAUGUUCACGACCAUGCAAGAAUACCUACAUAAAUACCCCUGGGAGUUGGUGCAAACGGAGUCACCCUCAGUUUUGUGCACUGUCUUACCGAAUCGAUGGAGGUUGAACAAAUCGCUACCCUUCGAUUUCAGAGUCGUGUCUUUGGAUGAUAUCCCCGAUGGAACAAUGGUGACUCUGAAGGCCGGAAACGAUAAAAAUCACUGCGCCAAGUUAAGAAAUUGCACGUCCAUGAUGAAGAACCAAGUCGCGAAAUUCUCCGACUUAGCAUUUCUCGAACGUAGCGGAAGAGGAAAAUCGUUCAGUUUAACCAUCACGAUAUUGUGUGCACCGCACUACCAAAUCGCAACAUACAACAAUGCCAUCCAGGUUAAAUUAGAUUAA